GCAGGCAGGCAGGCAGGCAGGCAGUCGAGUCUCUCUCGCGCGCGUCCGCUCGCUCCGCUCCGCUCCGCUCUGGCGGGCGCUCUCCGCUCUCCAGUCGCAGCCAGCCCGCGGACCAGAGAGGACGCUCGUUUUCGCAAAGCUUCAAGACACGUGCGCGCGCUCGUGCGGCACGCUCCACGCGCGUGUGUGACCGUGUGUGUGUGACCCUGUGUGUGACGGUGUGACAGUGCGUGUCAGUGUGCGACACUCCGUCCAGGAUUACCCUCGUCUUGUGAUUGGCCCCGUGACGUCAUCACCAUGGCAACCUCCUCGCUCAUGAUCAACCCGGCGUACCCGGCCACCUACCACCACCACUCGUACGACCAGUUCCAGCAAUCUCAGGUGUCCCCGCUGAACCUGCUGGCCGCAACGUGCAGCCGCCUGCACUACCAGUCGCAGACCUCCACCACGGGCUCCACUGGCAGCACCACCACCAGCACGCAGGCCACCAUGCAGCUCAACUACUUCCAGCAGCAGCAGCAGUCGAGCCAGGCCGCCAUGGCGCAGCAGCAAGAGACACAGCAGCAGCAGCAACAGCUCCUGGGGCAGCAGGCCGCCGUGCAGCAACAGCAGCAGCAACAGCAACAGCGGUGGGCGCAGCGGUGGCCGGAGCAGCAGCCGUCGCCGCCCGCGGCCGCCAUGCUGCACACGCCGACGCACCCCGACGUGUCGGACGCCAUGUCGCACCACCUGCUGGACUUCCCCGGCGUGGGCCGCGCGCCGCUGCAGCUCGGCGUGGGCGUGGCCGGCAUGGGCGCCGCGGCCAACGCGCAGUACCAGUACCAGUCGCAGUACUCGUCGUACCAGUGGUACCACCCGCACUACUACUCGGCGUCGUCGGGCGUCAAGGUGGAGCCCGAGUCCCCGGUUGCCGCCGACGCCCCGGCCGCCGUCGCCGCCACCGCCGCCCCCGCGAGGCCUGCCGGGGGCCGUGGCGGCCGCGCCCCGCGAGUGCCGCGCACCGAGCCCCCGCACGACGAGGCCAAGGCGUCCAAGUGCCGCUGCGCCAAGUGCAGGGCCCUCAAGGCAGGCAAGGACAGCGGCGGCAGCAGCAGCGGCAGCAGCGGCGUGGGCUCGCCGGGCAGCGCGGCCAGCGCCAACGGGCUGCCCCCGCGAGUGCACCCCUGCGAGGUCCCCGGCUGCGGCCGCGCCUACGGCAAGUCGUCGCACCUCAAGGCGCACAUGCGGUGGCACUCGGGGGAGAGGCCCUUCUUGUGCUCGUGGAUGCUCUGCGGCAAGCGCUUCACGCGCUCCGACGAGCUGCAGCGCCACCUCCGCACGCACACCGGCGAGAAGCGCUUCGCCUGCCCCGUCUGCACCAAGCGCUUCAUCCGCAGCGACCACCUGGCCAAGCACAUCAAGACGCACACCAGGAAGAACGACCUCACCCCGAGCCCCGGCCCCGCCCUCGCCUAGAGGCCUCGCUCAAAAGCUCGCCUCGGCUUCUUUUGGAGCGGUUCCAGCAGUGCUCGCUUCUGUCAUGAAGUACAUCUAUUUCAUGCUCCUGUUCUUCGGCUGUGAAAGUAAUGUUUAAGAUCGAGUUCUCAAACGUAGUUUAUGCCCAAAUGCAUGGUUGUUAAUGGACUGUUAUCCUGAUGUAUUUGUAUUUAAAUGUGCAAUAAGUAAAGUGUAGGCCGCCUUCUUAGUAAGGCCAGUCAGUACCUGAUAAUUUUAAUUUGACGCUCUUUUGUGUACAUAUGUAUGGCUAGUUAAUUUUUGUGUUGCUAAUGUAAGUAAGACUCCUCCAGUCAGUUUUCCAACAAUAUUGUAUAGGAGCAGCCCUAUCAGUGGUAAAGAAGACUGAACGUGUAAAUAAGAGAUAUUGUCCAAUGAGUUUUCAAUAAAUCAAAGAUAUAAAGCA